AUGGCAGCCUUGGGGCUGGAUCAAGUCUUGAAUUUGGCCCAGCAGUAUGGCGCCAGAGAUGCGUUGGAGCCAAGAGCACCAGCCGUAGCAGUGGUGGAGGCCUGGGGCGGCACAACCGAGCCCGAGGCAGAGAGCUGUGAGAAAGUGGUGGCAGAGGCUUCAGAGGAACCCCUCAGAUUCUUCAUUCAAAAUUUGAUGUUUGACGAGUCAACCUUUGACCUGAGAGUCGGCAAGGAUGCCGCCAACAGUUGCUCUGUUCUGUGCUCGCACUCUCAAUGGACAAUGGGCUUUGCCCCCUCUUUGGAAAGUGCCAGGGACGCCGUCCGGGAUGAGCACAUCGUCAUGGCAGGCCAACUUGCGAGAAAAUUGAUUUUGCCAUGGCAGCAGUAUCCUUGGUGUUUAUGGCCGCUGGCCUUGAAAGACGCAAGCCAAGAAGACCGCAGGUCAUGUGCUAAAGCUUUACUCAACAGUAAGCCUUGCUGUCUGGACAGCGGUUUUUCACAGCGGCUCAAGCGCAUACACCGCACAGAAGAAGAACUCUUGAACUCGCAGCUCCAAGUCUUUUUGCAAAAAGUUUUCGAACGUGUUGUGCCAACAUCAACUUUCAUUGAGCGGCGGUUCGCCCAGUUUGCCCAUUGGAGCGACCAGCAGCCCAAGCUUGGCACUUUGGCAGCCAAGCACGUGACUAGUUUCUGCAAGGGCGCUGCCCAGGCUUGGAAACAAAACCACCCGCAGCACCAGAAGCGAAAUCAUUUGUCUCGUCCUGACUGGGUAGAACAAAAGCAAGGAAGCCGAACCACAGGAUACAAUGUAUUUAUGUCUGAGUUCAGGAAGAACUAUUCAGCGCAGCAAGUGGCUGGAGAUGAAGGGAGGCAAACCUUUGUUCAAGAGGCUAAAGCUGCUUGGAGAAGACUUUCUCCCGGAGAGAAAGCGCCUUACAGUUUCAAGGCGCGUGGGCUGAACAGUCUGCGCAGCAGAAGCUCCCAGAUGUCAGACAACGAGGCUGGCCCUGAAGGCCGAGAGACUGGCGGCUUGUGGAACACAUGCCUGCUGCAAGACAGAUGGCCGCUCCGAGUUGAUCUGUUGGAAGCUGCCAUGGGGGAAGGGAUUGUGGCUUUACGAAAGAUCUCAUCGGCUUGGGAAGAGGAGCAUGCAAUGCUGGUGGAGGCGGAAGAUGAUCUGCCAGAUGUGAGUGAUAACUUGUUUGCUGUGUGCCCGCAUGGUGGAUGUGAGGAGGAGCUGCAGGCAGCGCAGCGUCCAGUCUUUCGGGAAAUCCACGAUGACUUGGUCACUGCUGUCCGGGUGAUUGAGCCUUUGAAGCGGGACUUGUCUGCUCACCCUUUGGUUUUGGAAUGGCACUCAUUGUCAUUGCAGAAGAGAAGGUUUGCUGUGGUCGCUUUUCACAUCCGCAAGCCUCCUUGGGACAUGUUCCUUCUUGAGCUGGAGGAAGCCGGGGACUCCGAAGAGCUUCCUUUUUGCUUGGCAGUGCAGCUGGGCAGGCAAUCCAUUCAUUCUGACAUUGCAUUUUGCCAUGAGCUUGCCCGAGCCGCGUCUGACUGGGUCUUGUUUCGCUUGUCCAUUGGAGAUCUGACCGUGGACUAUGGCAUUUUCCAAGCCGCAGAGCGCAAGGAACUGAGCCGAUCCGAGUUGAGACAAGCUGCUGCUGAAAUGAAGCAAGUUAUGCUCGCAGCAAAAGCAGCCAAGCUUGCCCAAGGUUUGACCGCAAAUAAAAAAAGGAAAAGCAGAAACUCCAACAAACGAAAAAGCAAAGGCAAGCGGUCGCAGACCCUGGCUCCAGAUGUUUCGGACAUGGAGUGGAAUUCUGCCUCUGAAAGCGGGGGCUCCGCUUCUGACUUUGGGGCAGACACCGGCAGUGUUGCAGCGCCUGCUUCUUCGUCCGCUGGACCGGCUCGCAGGGGCUCAGCUUCAGACUUUGCGGCAGACACCAGCAGUGUUGCAGCGCCUGCUUCUUCGUCCGCUGGACCGGCUCGCUCUAAGCGUGUCAAGCAGUCUCGGUCCAUUCCCUGGGGUCCAUUCCAAAUCGCGCCGAUUGUUCCGGCCGCUGGCCACAGUGGUUGGGGAGCCAUCUGCGGACAGCAUUGCGACCGAGGAAACAGUUUGUCUUGCAAGAAAGCUAUGAACCGUGGGUCGCUGACCGAUGCGGAAUGCGUCUUGCGUUUGAAGAGGUGGCUCUUGGCAGGCCAUUCAGACCAGAACUGGCCAGUUCACAGGCGACGGUCGCACCAUGUAGAGCUGGGUGGCAAAGGUCUGCAAGAUUUCGCACAGGGAAUGUCUGAGGAAGCUAUGGAUGCUUUGGAGCUGGAGCGCAAAGCAGAGCCGGACGCUGGAGAGGAAGAUGACCAGUAUGGAGGCCGCCGGCCCUGGAACAAGUACCGUAAAGUGCGCCACCCUGGGUCGGACGAGCAGGUCAAAGUCCCAGAAGGGAAACUGUGCAUGAUUUGCUUCAGCACCUUCAGAGCGCUGGGUCUGAACUACAAGUAUCCAUCGUAUGGUGCGUACUACAAAGAGAUCGUCAAUGACAACAGCAAGCAUACCAGCUUCAUAAACUCUAUGAAAGAAUGGAUUAAGCAAAGAAAUGAGGAUCCCACUGGGCGAAUGGACAGGGAAGCAGUGAAGAAGGCCCACACCACUCUGCACAGUGAGACCAAGACUGGUGUCAAACUCAAGGGUCCCAAGAGGGAGUUCGUACUCCUGGAACAUUGGGACCCCAAGCUGGACGGUGAGCUGGACGAAGCACACAUAGUGGAAGAAACUUGGCAAGGGAAGAAGGUGAAAGGAAUCUGGAGGGCCAAAGGACGUGCCGGUGUGCUGGAAGCUUCCGGGUAUGAAGACACCAGUUUGGCUGAGCGCACUGAGGAGCACAGUGGAUCCGGCCCUUUCGCUGAGCAAGCUUUAGUGACCAAAAAAACUGCGUUGCAGAAGGUGUUUGCGGAUGCCGACGAAGAGAGGCAAAAGCACACAGUGGCCGCAGGCCCUGCAUCACAGGCAGGCGAUGUUCUGGCAACUUUGCAGAAAAUGCUGCCAAACUUGAAACUUGCUGGUGGUGGGCAGGCCCUGAGCGCAGACCCAGAAGCAGAUGAGGCUAGCCCUUCUGCACUUGUUGACUUGCACAAGGACGAGGACGAAGAUGAAGCAGAAGAAGAGGAGGAGGUUUGCCCAGCAGCUCGCCUAGCUGCAACGGUUGGAGGGCCCAAGGCCGCCAAAGCUAAACCGAAGGCAAACCCAAAGGCAACUGCAAAAGCAGCUUCCAGGCCCAGUGUGACAGCUACGCCCAAAGCAGCAGAGGGCCGCAGGCCGGGAGAACAGAGCAACAGUAGUGCUCGCCCAAAAGCAGCUGCCGCCAAGGCCACAGAGGAACCGCAGAAGCGAGACCCUCCAGCUCGACGGUCGCGGAAAGCGAUUGAAAGAAAACCUCGCAGAGAUGUGCCAGAAGUUGGAGGACACACUGGAGGCAAAUCACUUGGAAGUCAACUACAGCUUGCAGCACGCUGA